AUGUGUAGCAUUGUUUUGAUCACAGGACCUCCUGGAGUGGGAAAGACCACAUUGGUCCACAAGAUAUGGUCGAAGCUACGUGAGAAAAACGUGACCUCUCGAGGAUUCUACACGGAGGAAGUUAGGGGAGAGAAUGGGCAGAGAAUAGGAUUCGAUGUGGUCACCCUGGCGGGAAAACGAGGAAUCCUCUCACGUGAAAAUCCAGCAGACCACACAAAACGCCCACAAGUGGGAAAAUAUUCCGUUUACGUCCAGGAUUUUGAGGCUCUUGCGUUACCAUUGCUGAUCCCCAAAGCUCCAGGAUCAGAUGGGGAACUCCUUAUAAUCGAUGAAGUGGGAAAAAUGGAGCUAUUUAGCAAGCGGUUCGAGUCGGCCGUCAGGGAUCUGCUCCAGCAGAAGACUCCGCUAGUGAUCACCAUACCCCAAAAGGGCAGCUUGCCUUUGGUGGAGCAGCUCAAGAAAUGUCCAGGUGCCAUUCUCCGUAACGUGACCAAGGCGAACCGAGAGGCACUAGUCAAGGAAAUCACAGACCUCAUUGAAAAGUCACUGAUUGUAACAAAAUAAACUUGUUGGUCUUUCUUUUAUUAGUA